AUGCCGCUGUCUCACGCCUUCUCCGCCUGCCUUAGCUCCUUCCAAGAGCUUUCUCAGGACGACUCGCAGGCGGAUGCGCCCCCUCCUCCGCCACGGUUUCGAAAGACCUACAGCCUGGAUGCCGAGCCGUUCGAGGGACGCUUUCUACAAGCUCGAGCACGGAAAGUUGAAGAACUUACGUUUCCAGAAGCUUUGAGAAUGCUCUGGCAGAUCACCAACUGGGCGUCGGAUCACCGGCUAGAGCUGCCAUUCGAGGACCCUGCGAAUCCGGUUUUUCGAUGGAAGCUGCGAUGCUGGUCCUCUUCCUGCAGCGGCCCCGCAUACAUCUACUCGCCAGACUACACGAGGGAUGUAGCCGGAGGAAAAGCGUCCCCAUGCUUGGUCCUGCAGCGGCCGCACAAAGACCCCAACGACGAGCCACAGCCGCUGCUGCAAGUGCUCGACCAUUACAAGCUGAUGGACAUCGACUGCUCCACGGACGGAGUGCUGACUCCGUUUUGCAACAUCUGCAUGAAGCUGGAGCCUGUGGCCAUGUGCGAUGAUCAGAACAUCUGCCAGCCCAGUGUGAACCACUUCACCAUCCGUACAACUUGUCCGAGACCAAAGUAUCUCACGGAAAGUGACGGGAACGUCUUCUUCGCGCCGCAGAGCGACGGAGACGAGCAGCGUUGGCGGCUGUCGGAGCCUUUGGGUGCUUCGCCUCCGCAGCAGAGCUUCGACUUUCUCUGA